AUGAUGUCUGGUGAUGGGUUCUCAUCACCACCUUCUUCUCUCAGCUCAUUCAUCCACGACCCCAUCCCAAACCCUAACCCUAACCCUAACCCUAAUUCUUCCGUUUCAGGUAAACGAAAGCGUAAUCAGGCCGGUAAUCCAGAUCCAGAUGCGGAAGUGAUAGCGUUAUCCCCGACAUCUCUAAUGGCUACAAACCGAUUCGUGUGCGAGAUAUGCAGUAAGGGUUUUCAAAGAGACCAGAAUUUGCAGCUUCAUAGAAGAGGACACAACCUUCCAUGGAAGCUUAAGCAAAGAAACAAAAACGAAGUGAUAAAGAAGAAAGUUUACAUAUGCCCGGAAAAAAGCUGUGUUCAUCAUGACCCUUCUCGAGCUCUUGGAGAUCUCACCGGAGUUAAGAAGCAUUUCAGCCGGAAACAUGGAGAAAAGAAAUGGAAGUGCGAAAAGUGUUCCAAAAAGUAUGCAGUCCAAUCCGAUUGGAAAGCUCAUAGUAAGAUUUGUGGUACCAGAGAGUACAAGUGUGACUGUGGAACCCUCUUUUCCAGGAAAGAUAGCUUCAUUACACAUAGAGCAUUUUGUGAUGCGUUAAUGGAAGAAAAUUCGAGGAUGACAUCACUCACGGUGCUCCCAAGCAUGCCACAUCUGAGCUUUCGGAACGAUCUGAUGAUUAUGAACGGUGGUGGACCUGGUGGUGGUAGUGGUGGCGCCGGUAAUACACAGUUUCAAGGUGUUUUUGGUGGCGGUUUAGAGAGUCCUCUGGAUGUCAAUGGAUCCAAACAAAGAUUGCCGAUCUGGUUAGACCACAAUGCCAACAAUCCCCACCUCGAAAACACUAAUAGUUCAACUUUCUUGGGCUCCUCAAGCUCCAACUACAACAAUGGAGGAAUGCUACAACCGGAGAUGGUGAACUGGUUGAGUAGAUAUAAUGGAUUACCACAAGGGUUAUCUUUAAAAGAAGAAGAAGAAUCCCAAAAGGAGAUGCAGUUGAACUCGAUGUUUAAUUACGGUGGUUCCAACACUCAAAACAAUCUCAUGUGUUCAUCUCUGCCACCACCACCACCACCACCGGUAGCUAAUAUGUCAGCCACCGCUCUUCUACAGAAGGCAGCUCAAAUGGGGUCAACAAGAAGCACAAACCCUGGAGUUUCUGGUGGAAAAGAUAACGGAUUUGGCCUCAUGAGUACAGCUCUGUCCAGCUUAUCAAGCCCUCGCAAUGGUGAAAGAUUGAUGAUGAUGACGACAGCUCCAGCAGACGGGUCAAGGCAAAGCAAAGCAACCGGUGGCAAUGAAUUUGGCGACGGUGACUUAACUAGGGAUUUCCUGGGUGUCGCAAGAAAUGAAAGGAAUGUCUCGUUUAGUUUACAACAAGAGCUAAGCAAGUUUGCUUCUUCAACAAUGGCGUUUGACCAGUUCAACCGAAACCAUGAAUAAGAGAAUCGGAACGCUAUCACUUGUCACAGCUUGGACUACGUAAUUUAAGCGACGCUUUUAGCAUCAGGGAUUGUCUUUAGUGACACUUUUAUGGGCUUUUAGCUAUGCCUUGUUGGACAAUUUACUUUAGUGAUGGAUUCCUGUUACAAAUUGCGACAGUGCAUUUCAACAACGUUAAUUAAAUUACGUUGCAAAGUUUACUUUAAUGACGGAAACUACAUUUUUUUUACUUUUUAGAUGCUAGA